GGGCCCCACCGCCCCCUGCCCUGCCCUGCCAGCCUCCCCGCCCCCAGCUGGAGCGCGCGCGGGUGGCUGCGCGCCAGCUCUUGAGUACGGUUGCAAGAGUCCCGGAGCUCCGUACUCGGUGCAGGCAUGAUCGGCCAGAAGACCCUCUACUCUUUCUUCUCCCCGACCCCCACCGGGAAACGGACCACGUGCAGCCCCGAGCCGUCCCCGGGGAACGGAGUGGCGGCCGAGGACGGCGGCGAUGCGGCGGCCAGCCCCGCCAAGAAGGCCCGGGUGGAGCAGAACGAGCAGGCCUCGCCACUCAGCGCGGAGCAGCUCGUCCGCAUCCAGAGGAACAAGGCCGCGGCGCUGCUCAGGCUCGCCGCCCGCAACGUGCCUGCCGGCCUCGGCGAGAGCUGGAAGCAGCAGCUGUGCGCGGAAUUCGGGAAGCCGUACUUCGUCAAGCUGAUGGGAUUUGUUGCUGAAGAAAGGAAACACCACAAAGUCUAUCCACCCCCGGAGCAGGUGUUCACGUGGACCCAGAUGUGUGACAUCCGCGAUGUGAAGGUUGUCAUUCUGGGACAGGAUCCCUAUCACGGACCUAAUCAAGCUCACGGGCUCUGCUUCAGUGUCCAAAGACCAGUUCCACCUCCGCCCAGUUUGGAAAACAUUUUUAAAGAGCUGUCUACAGACAUCGAUGGUUUUGUUCAUCCUGGCCAUGGGGAUUUGUCAGGGUGGGCCAGACAAGGUGUCCUCCUCCUCAAUGCUGUCCUCACUGUCCGAGCACACCAAGCCAAUUCCCAUAAGGAGAGGGGCUGGGAGCAGUUCACCGAUGCAGUUGUGUCCUGGCUGAAUCAGAACCUGAGUGGCCUUGUCUUCCUCCUCUGGGGCUCUUAUGCUCAGAAGAAGGGCAGUGCCAUCGACAGGAAGCGUCACCAUGUCCUGCAGACAGCUCACCCCUCCCCCCUGUCGGUAUACAGGGGGUUCUUUGGAUGUAGACAUUUUUCUAAAGCCAAUGAACUGCUCCAGAAGUCUGGCAAGAAGCCCAUCGACUGGAAGGAGCUGUGACCCCAUGGGGCAGUGUCUGUCUACAGCAGUGCUUUCAGAUGCUGUUGCUGAAGUCUUUGCCAGUUAAGAAGUCACUGAAAAUGUCCCUGUUCUAAGUGCCUUGUGUGAGCAGAGAAACAAAAUGGAUAGAUCUCUAUAGAACCAUCAUGAGCCAACCAGGACACAGAAACUGCAGCUUUAGCAGACAGAACCUCUUGACUGGCACUAGUUUUGAACUCUCCAGGCCUGGCAAGGUGGCUGUGGAAACACAUCUACUUCUCAGACACCAGUGGACACAUCCUCAGUGCUGCGGGCUGGGCUGGGGUAGAAGGGGAGAUCUGCACCUUUUCACCAGCAGUUUGAUGCCUGCUGGUGCUCUUUAGAGUUAGAGAUUACAAAGUGUCCGGGUGUGUGCUUCAAAAGGCCCUUUUGUCUUGAAAGGAACCCUUGGGUAUUUGGUGAGUCCUGAGAAAUUUGGCUUACAAUUGAGAAUCUGCUUCCCGAUCACAAAGGACGUGGGUGGCUCCCUGGGCUCACAGUGGCUGCUUCCAUCCUGCUUCUUGUCCAGCUAUGCCUUGAGCAGUCUCUGAAGCUGAGUGAAGAAGCAAGGGAUGGAUGGGGUUGAUUUGUUUUUAAGUGAGGGUGGGUGGUUUUUCUAGUGCCUGUGGAGUUGCUGUUUCUUCACAUGGUGUGUGUGUGGUACCGGGGAUCCAAUUCCAAGGUGCUGUUUCUUAUGGGUUCACACAAAUUAUGUUUUUCUGCAACACUGGAGGAUGUUGUGUCUUUUACAAGGUAGGCAGGUACAGUUUUGUUUGUUUGUUUUGGUUUUUUGUUUUUCAUGCUUUUUUGUUUCCAUCUCCAAGCUGGAUUCUGUUGGGUCCAGCUAGUUAGAGCCCUGGCCUGCCUGAGCAGGAUAAUAAAAGAUGGUGUGCAGACUCUU